AUGGCCUUGGACGACGCUGAGAGUCUUCGGCGCUUCAUCUCGCAAAUGAAGGGCCAGCCUACUCAACAUGACCAACCUGAUCAACCUGAUCAACUAGCCAACGGACACGGCCCAAGCGCUGAUACUGUCGCUGACGGUAAGCAUAUCUCUGAGGGCAACAAGUCCCAAGGAGAAGAUGCGAAAACCGCUCCACAUGCUAGAGUCGCCGCUCAGAAUCACUCCGACCAAACAUCACCAGAUCCCCACCCUAAACCAAGCCCUCAUAUCAGUGGCCUUACAGCCCCGUAUAACACACCAAAAACUGCAGCGUCGAGCCCACGCCUGCCAGCCGUUAACAAUCACAACCAAGACGUCGCCGACGCUUUCUCCGACUAUGUGAACAACAUGCAUGGCCGUCCUUUGAGCGAAUCCAUGUGGGCUCCGCCAUCUGCACGUUAUAAGCCUUCGAUGCCUAGGGGAGCACCUGCUACGAAGGUCCUAACAUCUAUCAACGCCAUUGAACCCAACCCAGCUAUGAACGAUACUUUCCAUAGGAUGUCCUUCAAAGCCGCUGACCCCAACCACAAAGUCGGCGAGAACUUGAUUGGUGACCACGUUACACAAUCUCUCUUCUCCAAGACAUCGCCUUCGUCAGUCAACAAGUCCUCACUUCUGGUGGAAAAGAUCCCUGAAGAUAAGGUAGAUGAUGUUCUUGUAAAGCCCGAAGCGGCGAGCGACGAGGCCUUCGAAUCCCCAGCUCACACUGACGUGGUCGAGAAAGAGAACGACGCACACUCAACAUCCAAGGCUUACCUACCGCCUCACUUACGGACAGUGCGGGAUUCUAGCCAGAAGUCUGAUUUCAGUACACGGGUCCCUGCCCAGAAAGCAGACGAAUUCAGUCCCUCAAAGUCAUCACCGACAGCUCCAUCUUCAGAUCAGAACCCUGCUCCCUCCGAGUCCACUGUCGAGGCUGAGACGACCGCGCCAUGCCCUGGGGGGCUUUCCCCGGAUGUGACGAGCAAAGCCGCUGACUCUAACACCGUCAAGGAUGCCGUUCGAGCUGCUACCACGGGCGUUGAACCCCAGGUCAUCACCGGUCCAGUGGGUGCGAAGCCCCUGAAAGGUGCAUCCGAGAGUGAGAAUCUUGAGCACAAGACGUUCUUCAACGCCUGGCCAGAGCUGGAGGAGAGGAGUAAACCUGGUGUGUGCUCCCACAGCUCUUCCCUUCCAGUGGUCGCUAACCCGCAAGCAGCCGCCAAGGUACGCAAGGUCAUCAUCAAAGACCUCCCUCGUGGCUCGACAGCUACCUUCGUAGCGUCGCUUGUGUACGGUGGACCCAUCGAAGAGAUCCACGUUCGCUCUUCCGCCGCUGGAGAUCUCUCAGCAGCCAUCCGGUUCAUGGACGCAGGAGACUGCAUGAGAUUCUACGAGGAGACCUCCAAUGGCCUCGUCUACCAGAAAGAUGCCAAAGGCCGCGAGCUUGUUCUAUUUGUCGAGCUCUCCCCAGAUGUCGAUGUCGUCGGUGGCUUGCUGCAGGGGUGGAUCGUUUCCGGGGUUACGCGCUGUGUACGUGCCGUGGGGGUCGAGGCGGAGUGGGACAUGGACGGACUUGUAAAGAUCGCGGAGAGAAAGAAUCGAAAGGUGGAAAAGAUUGUUGACGGGCAAAAUCCCGGCGGUGCACGUUCGGUCGUGUUCCGCUUCUGUAAAGUCGAGGACGCAGUCCAAUUCAGAGCAGCACUUUCCCGGGAUGAGGAAUGGGAGCACUGCAAUAUCCAUUACGCCGCAGACCCGUGUGCUAUCGCUGUCGGGGUGCACUUCGACGGCUAA